GAAGUGUCGUGUCGUAUUUCCGAGCCUGGCAGCUCAAAUGUCCGAGGAGUACCUGAAUGCAGCACAGCGGCUGACGAGCGGAGCUGACGGUUCGUGUCGAUGCUGUGACAAGGCACAACAAACAUACUGCAGCUCAGCAUGGAGGGCUCCACAGAGGCACCAGCCACUGACUCCUCAGCACGCACCUUCUCCCAGGUGGUGUUCAUCGACAUCCCCUACUCUUACCCACCUUCAACCCCCGUCACCUGCUGCUACACACUCACUGCUGCCUUCCAGCCAAACCCCAGGGACUGGGUGGGCAUCUUUAAGGUAGGGUGGAGCACAACAAAGGAUUAUCAUACCUUUGUGUGGGUGGAGCCAUGCCUGGAUGUGGUAGGGCAGCAGUCUGUGACAAGAGAAGCUGUUUUUAAGGAUUACUACCUGCCUAAGGAUGAGAUCGAGUUCUACCAGUUCUGCUACGUUGACAGUACUGGCCAAGUUCGAGGAGCCAGCACUCCUUUCUGUUUCAGAAACCCAGUAGAGCAAAGCAUGGAGAGCAGCCCGGACGAUGACCUCCUGGUUAUUACAACACAGGAACAGGUCGAGCAGAGCGUACGUGAGAGAACUGAACUGCAGAAAGAGUUGGAUCAGAUAAGGGAGGAAAAAGAAAACUUAAAAAGAGCUCUACAGAUGGAACAGCAAGAAGCCGCCAGCUUGAAGGGGCAGAAUGAACAGAAAGAGAAAGAAAUGAGUCAACUGGUCAAAGAACUGGAUCAAAUCAAGGAGCAAAAUGAAAACUUAAAAAGCAACUUACAGCAACAGCUGAAAGAAACGGACCAGUUAAAGGCGGAGGUCUUGACCCAAAUGACAAAGCAGAUGGAGAUACAGCAACAAAAUGUGGCUGAGCAGAAAAAAAAUAAUCAAAGCUUGAUUAUAGACGGAGCAUCAAGACAAAAUGAGACACGCGCUCAGGAGAAAUACGACCAAGCUGUGAUGAAGAUCAACCAGCUGAAAGAUGAGCGUGAGGAGCUGAGAGGGAGGGUUGAUGCGCAAAGUGUGGAGAUUGCCACGCUAAAUUCCAAACUCAGAGAAGAAGAAAGGGAACUGUUCAAAAUGAAAGACAGCAUCCAGCUCCUGCAGAUUGACCUUCAGAGCAGUGAGAAAGAGAAGGAGAGGCUCUGUGUAGAGCUUCAAAGGUCGCAAAGCCUCGCGCAGAACAUGGACAACGUGAAGAGAGAGAACCAGGAGUUACAUAGGAGGCUGUCGCAGCAGGAGACUGUGCAGAACUGUCCAGAGGAAGAUCUAAGGGUGCAGCAUCAGACUCUUGCCAGCCAGCUACAGGACGCUCAGGCGAAGUUGGCAGCUGAGAAGGACGAGUCCAAAAACACCAGGACACGAGCCGAGUAUCUGGAGAGAGAGCUGCUGCAAGUCAGGGAGCAGCUGGAGAAUGUGAUCUUAUCAUGUGACCAGGCACAACGGAAAAGUAGCAAACAAGAGCUACAACUCAGAGAGGCACACGAGAUGAUCGCAGACAAAGACGGCAUCAUAGACGACAAGGAACACAUGAUCAAGCUUGUGAAUCAAGAGAAAGAAGAGCUUGCUAGAGAAAACCAGAAUCUCAUUAGUGAUAUCGAGGGGCUGCGCAGAGCUCUUGCUGGCUUCCACGCAGCUUCCCCCGCCGACUCGCCACACACGCAGCCUGGAACCACCUCACCAGCUGGCACCACUUCAACCACCUUUGAAUGGCAACCGCAGGACACAGCUGAAGAGGUUCAGAACCUGUAUGAGACCAUAGGGAGCGUUGGAGACCCAGAGGAAGAGCUGUCGUUGGUGUGUCGUCACUGCCAGGAGAGGUUCCCUCUCAUAACCCGACACGAACUGGAGCAGCACGAGCAGUGUCACCGAGUUUGUCCCUUCUGCACGAUGAUCUGUGACAACAUGGAGCAGUCUGUGUUUGAAGAUCACGUCUACAGCCACGAGUUGUGAGAACGGCACCGGGUAAAAAAAAAAAAAUGUGCCGUUGGGUAUGAUUCAUAUGUCUGGAGGGAAAAAAAAAACGUCUUACAAGUUUGGUGGUCGUGUGUAAAGGACCACACUGAUAUUUUUGCACAUUUCUUACUAAUUUACUGCAAAUUAAAUAGACUUUACAUUACUGUUGACCAUUUUCCAAAGUUUUUGGGCGGUUCUACCUUCAACACAGCGAUUAGUGUCCAUCAUGUGUCCAGUAUGCAGGAAGAAUCAGCUGGCAGAGACUUGAAACCUGCCUGAGUUAUGUAAUCCAUCACAGUGACCUUCAUGUCCUCGUUUAUUUUGGUCAGACGUUAUCUUAUCAUUUCACGGUAAUGCAUUUAAAAGUGGAGCUGGUUGUGAAAGGUUUGCAGUGGAUUGCCACACAACUGGGCAUUGUUUCAAAUGUUUUGAUACCUCCAGAGUUUGUUUAAAAAAACAACACUUUUCAUUUUCAUUUAACCAAAGAAGCCAAAGUUCUCAAAUGCUGUCUAAACACAAGCAGAUGUAUUUUUCCUAAUCAAAAAAAAGCCUAAAAUUAGCCUUUGAAUUCACAUAUUAAGCAAGCGUUCACACAAAUUUUCUUCUUACAGUGUGUGUGUGUGUGUGUGAGAAGUACAAAAUAGUCUUUACUUCCACCGUGUGUGUGUGUGUGUGUGUGUGUGUGUGUGUGUGUGUGUGUGUGUGUGUGUGUGUGUGUGUAAUGAUUUAAUAAAAAAGAUGUGAUGUAAGAUGAAAAUUUGCGAGUGCUUUAAUGGGCUUUUGCUACUGGAUGGUACAUGUAGCACCCUAAAAGAUGUCAAAUAUAAAAGGUGAGCAGAGCCCGUUCCUCCCUUUUGUUUUGUAUAAAAUUGGCAAAAUUCUGAUUUCAAUCAGGAAUUAUCUGAUCAACGAGGAAAUAAACAAGAUUAUGAAUCUGACUGGACGUGUCAGCUUUCGGUAUGAUCUUUUUUAGAUUUUCAGUGCUAUGAAAAAAAUACAGUCAGUACUAAAAAAGUACAGAUGUUCGAUACGCAGCCCUACACAACACUUCUAUAAAAUAAGUAGUCCAAAAAUAAAAGUAGGCUUGAUGUUCACCGUUAGAAAUGACCUAAAUUAAGUUUGAAACCUCUAAAAGCUGAUUUUGAUAUUGCCCUAAAAUGAAUGGAAAACUUUUUUUUUUUAGUAAAGAUAUAUAUGAUUUGUAGUAAAUAGGCUAAAACAUGCUUAAACAAUAGAAUGGCCCUUUAAGUAGAUGCAAUUUAAAAUUAAGCAUGGCACAUUUAAAACUUUAUAUAUUAACCACAAUUCUUCAUUUACAGUAUAGCUUGGCACUUAUCUCUGAGCAAAAUCUGAUCUACUAUAACCAGAUCAUACUGAAGUGUUUAUUUACCAGAGUAUGUUGAUUUGAAAAUGUAUAUGAAAGAAUGAAUUGUUGAUUGGAGGUUGAGCAAUGUAACAAGUGAAUUUAUGGCAAUGAUCAAUUUAAAUGAAUAAAUGUAAGUGCAUUUUAAGUCCUGCUGACAUAAUAAAAGUUGAGUUAAACUGGUA